AUGCCCUACACGAGCAUCGACUUCAACGUGCUGCGCGCGGCCAACGAGAUGAACACCUGGUCAGUGUGCCCGGCCGCCUUCCGCAGCAUCGUCUUCUCGCGGCUGGCCCAUGAGGUGGACCAACUGGAGCCAGACGCGGCCGGGAGGCGCCAGGCGGAGCACGACAUCAAGGUGGCGGAGCACGCGGCCCGGGAGUUUGUGACGAGGAACAUCUCCCGGUACUUGGCCAGCGGCACGUCCUUCGCGCCCUGGUUCCACCUGGGCCUGCUCUUCCGUGCGCUUGAGGCCAAGUUCCCGGAGCUGCUGCCGAAGCGCUCCGUCGUCUCCAGCGCUUUGCGGGCGAGCCUGGCGCGGCACUUGGCCUCCGACUUGGCCGGCGCCGGCGGCUGGGCCUCCAGCCGCGAAGAAUCGCAGUCGAGCCUGGAGCGAGCGAUCCGGCGCCUCGCGGAGGCGGACGACCUGCGGGUGGACAAGGCCUAUGGGAUCCCCGGCUCUGGCGGCUUGAUGGGCCCAGCUCGGGAAGAGAUGGACCGCCUCUUGGACUCGGGCCAGCGGUUUCUGCUGCAGGCCUACCGCCAAACCAAGGCCCAGGCACCGGUCGGGGAAACAGAGCUCCAUGGACUCUUCAAGAUGCUGGGCCGGGAUGGCCCGCCGCUAUUGGAGCUGCUGGACCGCUUGGAUAGCCAGGUGCUGGAGCCCAUCUACAUGCCGAGCUCCCCCAGUUUCGGCCAGGUGCAGUUCCGAGUGCACCUGCUACCCACGCGGAACGUGGAGUCCAACCACGUGCGGGCCUUCUUCGAACUGCACUGCGACGCGGUCUUCAAAGAUCUGGUGGAAGAGCAUCGCCAUGUGGAGAGGCCCAUGCUGGUGGAGAUCGGCACGCACCUGGGGGGCUGCAUCCUCCACGCCUUGGCGCAGCUCCCCUCGAGCCGCGCCCUGGCCGUGGACGCCUACGGCCCCGCGGUGGCGGCGCUGCAGCGCACCGCGGAGCAGAAUGGCCUGGCGGACAGGCUUACAGUGGUGGAGCGGUUCAUUUGCCCAGAUGACCGGAAGUUCAAGGUGGAGCUGAACGCCACGGGGCCCACGCUGCUGCAGCCCACCUGGGCGGAGGUGGAUUCGGCCGCGGGCGCUUCGGAGGGCGCGGAUGGCUCGGAGGGCGUGGAGGUGAGCUGCACCGGGCUGGAGACGGUGUUCCGGGAGCACCAGGUGACUGACGUGGACCUCCUGCGGAUCCACGUGCUGGGCCGGGAGUACGACGCCCUGCGCUCGGGGGAGAGCUUCUUCGCGCGGGGCAAAAUACGCACGGUGGCCGCCUCCGUGAGUCAGCUGAACACUGAGCCCGGGAGCAUGGCCGCCAUGCUGCACCGCCACGGCUACCAGCUCCGGUUCCGCGAGUUUCGGGAUGAGGACGUGGUGACGAUCCUGAAGGACCAGGUGGAGCAGGCGCUGGAGCAGGCCUUGCCCAUGUUCUUGCAGACGGCCUGGGCGGCGGUGGUCACGGACAUCGACGGGACGGUUAAGGAGGUGGGCCGGAAGCUCUUGAAGGACAAGUCGGUGCCCUGGCAGAUCCGCGUGAGGCGGUCGCAGGCGCUGCAGCGGCUGGGCCAGAUCUUCAUCGAGGAGGGCACCAAGGCCAUGGCGGAGGGCGGGUCCACCAAGACCAUGAGCUCGGAGGUGGCCAAGGCCACGCUGCAAGAGGCGCUGAUGGCUUCGGUACAGAGCAGGAGCUCGUCAGCCAGCUGA